GGGCGAGACCCCCGCCCGCGUCUUCUCGAAAUUUCGCGUUCGCUAUAAGCAGCGGCGCCGGCAACAGCCGCGCUCACAGAAAUCUCCCGCAGCCACCGCGAAAGUGCGAACCACUGCGCCUUGACGACUUCUCACUGCUACGGCAGAACGAUACGAGAUGCCCGAGGUGUCGGAGACGACGCAGCCCAUGGCGGGCAGUGGCGAGGAGGCGGAGACCUUCGCCUUCCAGGCGGAGAUCGCCCAGCUCAUGUCCCUCAUCAUCAACACCUUCUACUCCAACAAGGAGAUCUUCCUGCGCGAGCUCAUCUCCAACAGCUCCGACGCGCUGGACAAGAUCCGCUAUGAGAGCCUCACUGACCCCAGCAAGCUGGACACUGGCAAGGAGCUCAAGAUCGACAUCAUCCCCAAUAAGAUCGACCGCACACUCACACUCGUCGACACGGGCAUCGGCAUGACCAAGGCCGACCUCGUCAACAACCUAGGCACCAUCGCCAAGUCGGGCACCAAAGCCUUCAUGGAGGCCCUGCAGGCGGGCGCCGACAUCUCGAUGAUCGGCCAGUUCGGCGUGGGCUUCUAUUCUGCCUACCUGGUGGCCGAGCGCGUCACCGUCGUCACCAAGCACAACGAUGACGAGCAAUAUGUGUGGGAGUCUUCGGCCGGCGGCUCGUUUACCGUGAGGCCCGACAACGACGGGGAGCCUCUCGGUCGUGGCACCAAGAUCGUGCUCCACAUUAAGGAGGACCAGACUGAGUACCUGGAGGAGAGGUCAAUUAAGGACAUUGUCAAGAAGCACUCCCAGUUCAUCGGCUACCCCAUCACGCUUUAUGUGGAGAAAGAACGCAACAAGGAGGUGAGCGAUGACGAGGAGGACAAGGAGGAGGCGGCUCCUGAUAAACCUAAGGAAGAGAGGUCUGACGACGACACUCCCAACAUCGAAGACGUAGGCUCCGAUGAGGAGGAGGACAAGGCCAAGGACUCGGACAAGAAGAAAAAGAAGAAGAAGAUCAAGGAGAAGUACACGGACAAGGAGGAGCUGAACAAGACAAAGCCGCUGUGGACGCGCAACCCGGACGACAUCACGGCGGAGGAGUAUGGCGAGUUCUACAAGAGCCUCACCAACGACUGGGAGGACCACCUUGCCGUGAAGCACUUCUCGGUGGAGGGGCAGCUGGAAUUCCGGGCGCUGCUCUUCGUCCCCCGGCGGGCGGCUUUCGACCUCUUUGAAAACAAGAAGAAGAAAAACAACAUCAAGCUGUACGUUCGACGUGUCUUCAUCAUGGACAACUGUGAAGACCUCAUCCCGGAGUAUCUCAACUUCAUGAAGGGAGUGGUGGACUCCGAGGACCUUCCCCUCAACAUCUCGCGUGAGAUGCUGCAGCAGAGCAAAAUCCUCAAGGUGAUCCGCAAGAACAUCGUCAAGAAGUCCAUGGAGCUGUUCGCGGAGCUCGCCGAGGACAAAGAUAACUACAAGAAGUUCUAUGAGCAGUUCUCCAAAAACAUCAAGCUGGGAAUCCACGAGGACUCUCAGAACCGGAAGAAGCUAGCGGAGCUGCUCCGCUACCAUACGUCCAUGUCGGGCGAGGACAUGUGCUCGCUGAAGGACUACGUGUCUCGAAUGAAAGAGAACCAGAAGCACAUCUACUACAUCACCGGCGAGUCAAAAGCGCAAGUGGCCAACUCUGCGUUUGUGGAGCGCGUGCGCAAGCGUGGCCUGGAGGUGGUGUACAUGGUGGAGCCCAUCGAUGAGUACUGCGUGCAGCAGCUGAAGGAGUUUGACGGGAAGACCCUCGUCUCCGUCACCAAGGAGGGCAUGGAGCUUCCGGAAGAUGAGGAAGAGAAAAAGAGACAGGAGGAGGCCAAGGCCAAGUUUGAGAAUCUCUGCAAGGUGGUCAAGGAGAUCCUGGAGAAGAAGGUGGAGAAGGUGACCGUGUCAAAUAGGCUGGUCUCCUCUCCGUGCUGCAUCGUGACCAGCACCUACGGCUGGACGGCCAACAUGGAGCGCAUCAUGAAGGCGCAGGCCUUGCGAGACUCCUCCACCAUGGGCUACAUGGCCGCCAAGAAGCACCUGGAGAUCAACCACGACCACCCCAUCGUGGAGACCCUGCGUCAGAAGGUGGAGGUGGACAAGAACGACAAGUCGGUGAAGGACCUGGUCAUCCUGCUGUUUGAGACGGCGCUGCUGUCGUCUGGAUUCACGCUCGAGGACCCACAGACGCAUGCGAGCCGCAUCUACCGCAUGAUCAAGCUGGGACUUGGCAUCGAUGACGAUGAGUCGACAAUUGAAGACAUCCCUGCCGGUCCCGCAGACGACCUUCCACCCCUGGAGGGCGACGACGAGAACGUGUCGCGCAUGGAGGAAGUCGACUAGAGGAGGAAGAAGCCCCCCCCGCCCUGUUCUCCCUCACACGAUGUUAUUCGUUGUGACCCUCGGGCUCUGCACAUUCAUAACAAUUUGAAAGCGUUCACAAAUAUGAAGACUGGACCAUGUAAAGGCUCCCAGUGUCUUUUCUUUUUAACCCACAUGCCGAGUGAGCAUGGCUCCACAAGCCCAAAACGUGAAGUGGUCACAGCAACAAACAGCACUUUCUUUCAAAGUUGUCAUGGAUCCGAGUGAACAGAUUUUCCCGAAAUUGAGCAAGAUUCUUACAAGAGUGGGCAAAGCGAUGAAGUAUGAUGGGAGGAGGGUAUUUACAAGUGGAGCAGUGCGGUGAAGGAAGUGCCGCGUCCUGAUUAAUUAUCCUACAGAGGUGUGAAGAUUUCUGUAUACUGUUAAUGCUUCUAUAUAGUUCUGUGCUUAUUCCAUAGGCUGCUAUUCCACUGUAAAUGGUCCGUGUGCAGACAGCUGCUGGGAGAGUGGGUAUGUCGACGAAACUUCCCUCCCUUCGCAGAACAAGCUACGAUAUACUGCAUGCAGUGAAUUUAAGUUAUGUUUUUGUAAACGUUGGCUGCACCGUUGUCAAUGCCAUUCUAGUGCUUUUAAUUUCCUUGGAUAUUUUUUAAUAAAAAUUGCACGCACAUUACUGGGUUUA